ACACAGCGCUGCUAUCUCACACUGUGCCAUAAGUGCCAUCUAUGUGAAGCCCAGAUAAUUCGAAUAGGUUUUUAUAAUACUAAAUUCUAGAAUUUCGAACUGAAUCCUGAAACAGUCUCUAUCAUCACUUAUACAGGCCGUCCUCAAUAUAAAUCCCGAAAAAACGUCUCAUCAGAAUGACCCAGGCAAUUUCAUGACAAUGCGAGAAAAAGAACUCAAUUUUCUGACCGUCCUCCGUAUGUCGUAAGUUUGAAUUGGACGAUUUUCAAACGAUUUUCUCAAUCUGGAACCGAUAACAAUCGAAAAAACUCACCAGAUUCAUUCUUCGCAAGUCUAUGAUACCUUGAACAACUGACUGUUGUUUAUUUUAGUGUUUGUGUGUGUAUUCUUUUUGUUUUUUUUUAUUUUUUUUUCGUGACCGAAAAUUUUUGUGUGAAAUGUCGUAUAAAAAAGUGUUAUGUUGGUGUUGCUUGGACAAAAAUGAAAAGAACGGGGACAGUGAUGGUAGCACUGGUGGUGUAGAAAGCACAGUUUACGUAGAGGACGAAGAGGAAGUAAUAGAUGAUGAAAAUGCAGCCAAAGAUGAGAAUGCAAAUGGGGAGAAUCCUCAAAGAAACCCAAGGAACAAAUGUGCCCUCAAACCAGGACAUUCCUAUCUGGAUUGGCUACGUUUGGCGAAUUCUAAAGAUCUCAGUGGAAUGGGACCUAUGGCAGGCAAAAUGGAGGUAACACCGGAGGAAUUGGCUAAACAUAAUAAGAUAACUGACGGUUGGCUGGCCAUACAUGGGAAAGUUUUCAACGUAACUUCCUACCUUCCCUUCCAUCCUGGAGGAGUUGAUGAACUGGUCAGAGGCCUUGGCAAGGACGCCACCAACUUAUUUUAUGAAGUCCACUUCUGGGUCAACUGGGAAACGAUCCUGAAGAAGUGCUACGUGGGGCUCUUGGUACAGAACAACAGCUUAGGGGCCCAGGCCACCCCCGAACACCAACCAGAACCUCCGACGGAACCCGCCGAAGAACCGAAGGAACCGACCGCUCCCAUCGACAUCUUGCCCAAUCGGGACGCACCGCGUAGAAAAGUCUUUCUAGAAGUGUCUUCGAUGCCGGGCCCCCCGUUGGCGAACGCCUCUGAGGAACCCCAGAUGGACCUGACCACCAACACUUUCUACAACAAGUGGUUAUUGACCAGGGGCGGCGACAGCGGCAUGCCUAGGUUCGAGUGGAUACAGAAGUCGUACGGGGUGUGCGUGGCCUUCUCCGGCGGGCCAUUAUCCAACGCCAUGGUGGUGGCUAGGCGAGAGUCCGACCGCUCCAUCACUGUGAAGUUGCAGUACGGAAAUAAGGUGAUCAUGAACAGCGUAACCUUCGAAGCCGCUGUCCACUGGCCCUGCAGCCUCCGCGUCUUCGACGAGCAGGGCAAGGUCGAGCUGGUGUUCAAGAAGGUGAAGCACGUGCCGUGGACCAACUUCGGCAUCCUGAAGCAGACCAUCAGGGACAACUCGACGGACUGCAGGAUAUACAAAUACGUGGUGGCCCAUAAGAAGGAGGUGGCCAAGGACCUGUUCUUGUUGGAACUGAUGAAUAAAGACGACGCUGUGGUCUACGCGCCUAUGGGAUCGCAUUAUAGGGCGUUUUGGAUGAAAUACAAAGUAUCCAAGUGUUACACUCCGAUACCUGCGCCCAGGAGCAUUUUUCCUACUCCUUCCAAAGCAUCUUACGGUGGACGGAAAGUCUUCCUGAUGGUAAAGAAAUACCCGAAGGGACAAGUGAGUUCUUACUUAUGUGACAAAGAAGAAGGCUCUGUGGUGGACUUGUCGAUGCCCUUCGUGGAAGAACUGGACUUGGAGAGGAAAGUUAAGGACAAGAAGAGGUUCCUAUUGAUAUCUGCAGGAACUGGAUUGACCCCGAUGCUGUCCCUGAUGUUAUUCUUGCUGCAGAGGGAGAAACCUUUUGUCACCAAGUUGGUUAUGAUUACGGUAAACCAUGGAAUCGAGUACAUACCAUUCCUUGAUGAGUUCUUGGCGAUGGACGAUGAAUUCGCCAAUAAAGCUAGAGCUUGCGAUCCACCCAAAGAGUCCAAAUUUCUUCUCAAGUUCUUCCUAAGUGAAUACGACGAAUCGCGAGCCGGCGACAACAGAUUCGUAAAGAAAAAAGAAGCCUUCAACGAUCAACUCCAAACAUUAGUCGAACAAUUGAUCACCAGAGAUCAGAGAGAUGAGAGUUUCGUCUUCGUUUGCGGCACGAGGCAGUUCAACAAGAUGUGCCACUACACCCUGAAGGAAGCCUGCAUCUCAAUGUCAGAUUUCUUCAUCUUUGAAGGAUAACGUACGCAAAAAUCUAAUCCGUUUCGACUUAACAGGGUUCAAUGUCCAAAAUAAUCACGUCUUUCACAGAACUGCGACGUCAAAAGGGCCGGGAAGGAGGAAAAAUGACAGGCGGCGAGGUUCCCCAUGGGGGCGCCCUUGGGCCGUUGUUUUUGUAUGACGAUAUUCCUGCUAGUUUUGACGACGCAUUUCGGGUCUAUUAGAGGCUUAAACGGCACCUUUAAUGAAUUAUUGAAGUAUUUGAAGCUGGACAGCAUGUCCAGGUAUUGUGAUUUGCAGAGAUUGUUGUAUAAUGUGGAAUAUAAUUUUUUCACUGAU